UAUGGUGAGCAGAAGCAGGGGAAUGCUUCUGCUUAUAUGGGUGAAUUAUUCAGAAAGUUUCUCAUUUUUUAUCAGUGAGCGAAAUAAUUUGAUUUGAUUGAUUUUGGUUCUGUUCCUACAAGGCUGCAUGCAGGUUAUCAUACCUGUCCCAUUAAUAUUCACAAGCCUGAACAAUUUGCAUUUUCCUAUCUGUUUUUUUAACAAAAGAAUCGUCAAGGUUGUUCAAAGUAUAUAUUCACCUGCAGUCCGAUUAAAAAAGGCAGUUGCCUGUUGAGUCAAAAAUCUACUUUUGACAUUGGAACUCUAUAAAUAAUUUGACCAAGCUAGCCAUCCUUUAUCAAGAUAUUAAUUUUGCAGUCUUUACAUCAGUCAAUCGUAUUUAAAUAUUUUCUUGACAAUCGAAGGCUAUUUACUCAACAGCAACAUAGUUAACCAGCUUUAGCAAUGUUGAUAAACUGCAACUGUUGUCUGUGCAAGCGGUUUCCUGUGGGAAUGACACAGCAUCAAAAAGUAAUUGCUUUGCAAUUUUUUUAAUCUGACAUUAUUUAGCUGCUGCUGAGGACAUUUGCACAACGUUUUGACAUAUAUCUAUUAAUUGCCCUAGACAAAAUACUGGUCUCACAAAGUCAAUGUGAUGUAUUUUUGGUUGAGAAGAAUUCUAGAUGUCUAGUUAAACACCACCCACCCAAAAAGCCUUCUGUGUUGAUUUGUCUAAUUACCAAAGAUAACCCAACAUGUUGAAACAGUAUGUUUGUCUGCAGGGUGCUCCUCUGAGAGGUUUAUUUAGGCUGAGCAGUCUGGACCACUACCCAUAAUACACCUGCAGACACACCUGUAUCGGAAAGUAUAAAGAGCCUGGACUGAGCUGAGUCCAACAUCGACCUUCAAGGAGUCUCCCCACAUCAGCUCCACAGCCACCAGCCCCAACGUGAAGAUGACUCCCACUGCCAGCCUGCUGCUGCUCCUGCUCGGCCUCUCAGAAGCAUAUCCUCUCAUUGAUGAAGAAAGCAAAACAAAUGACAAAAUGGACGAGGAUGACAGAGUCGAUAUCAGCACCAGGAUUCUGAACUCCAACAACGGCACCAAUGAGAUGCUGCUGGAAGGAGACUUGUUGGUUCCCACUACCAGAAAUGCAAUGAAGUGCUUUUCCCAGCAGUGCCUCUGGAAGAAAGGCUCCGACGGCCUGGUGACGAUUCCCUUCAUCAUCAGCAGUGAGUUCACCGGCGCGGAGAGGCAGGUGAUCGACACCGCCUUGAAGUCCUUCCACAGCAGGACCUGCAUCCGCUUUGUCCCCCGUGGUUACGAAAACGACCACAUAAGCAUUGAGAACAGAGAUGGAUGCUUCUCUUCUCUGGGCAGAAUAGGUGGUAAACAGGUAGUCUCUAUCAACAGACAGGGCUGCGUCUACCACGGCAUCGUCCAGCAUGAGGUCAACCACGCCCUGGGCUUCAAUCACGAGCAGUGCAGGAGCGACCGUGAUAGCUACGUCCGGAUCAACUGGGAGAACAUCAACCCUCAGAAUGCCUACAACUUUCAGAAACUGGACACCAACAACCUGAACACUCCCUACGACUACUCCUCCAUCAUGCACUAUGGAAGAACCGCCUUUUCUAUGAAUGGGGGAGACUCCAUCACUCCCAUCCCCAACGCAAGCGCCCAGAUCGGCCAGAGAUUCGACAUGUCCUCCUGGGAUAUUAAGAGAAUCAACAUCCUUUAUGGGUGCUAAUAACAAAGCUUCCAAUCCGUUUUGAUCCAAAGUCAUCAACCAGCAAAACAAUACAAACGUUUUCCAGUAAUCUCUACUUCAUUGAAAACAACAAGAAGCAACCAUCAGCAACUGUAGAUUUGACUUCCUGUGAC